UCCCGCCAGUGAAAACACGAUUAUAAAAUCAAUUCCCGCUCCAAACGGUCCAAUAAAUUCCCAAUUUUCUCUCAGAAUUCCCGGAGAACCUUAACCCUAACUUCCGAUUACAGAACAACUCGAAAUCUAAUCCACCAAAAUUCUGUGGUGAAAACAUGUUGGAACUUAGGUUGGUUCAGGGCUCUCUGUUAAAGAAGGUUCUAGAGGCGAUCAAGGAUCUGGUGAACGACGCGAACUUCGACUGUUCGAGCACUGGGUUCUCGCUCCAGGCCAUGGACUCGAGCCAUGUGGCUCUGGUUUCUCUACUGCUGAGAUCCGAAGGGUUCGAGCACUACAGGUGCGACAGGAACAUCUCCAUGGGGAUGAACCUCGGAAACAUGUCUAAGAUGCUCAAAUGUGCCGGAAAUGAUGACAUCAUCACCAUCAAAGCCGAUGACGGAAGCGACACCGUCACGUUCAUGUUCGAGAGCCCUACUCAAGACAAGAUUGCUGAUUUUGAGAUGAAGCUGAUGGAUAUAGACAGUGAGCAUCUCGGAAUACCAGAUGCAGAGUAUCAUGCCAUUGUGAAAAUGCCCUCGUCCGAGUUUGGGCGGAUAUGCAGAGAUCUCAGCAGCAUCGGGGACACGGUUGUGAUCUCUGUGACUAAAGAAGGGGUGAAGUUUUCCACCAAGGGUGAUAUUGGGGCAGCUAACAUUGUACUCAGACAGAACACAACCGUUGACAAGCCGGAGGAUGAAAUUGCAAUAGAGAUGAACGAGCCAGUGUCACUGUCAUUUGCGCUGAGGUACAUGAACUCGUUCACAAAGGCAACUCCAUUGUCGGGGAUAGUGACGAUCAGCUUGUCAUCAGAGCUGCCAGUGGUGGUGGAGUAUAAGAUAGCCGAGAUGGGCUACAUUCGUUUCUACUUGGCUCCCAAGAUCGAAGAAGAAGAGGAAGAGACUAAACCCUAAGCCUUAACAGCCACAGGCAUGGCGAGGGUGAUGAUAGUAGAGUUGUUCUUGUUGUUUCCAUUCUAUGCCUGUAGUGUCCCCGCGGUGUUAAACAACAUGCUAAAUUUAGAUCUGAAGCAGAGGUUUUCUGUCUGAAA